CACUAGAUAACUUACAACACUUCAAAUGUCAAAAAAGAAAAAGAAGAGGAGUAAAAAAGGGAAAAAGAAAAAGUCUUCUUUGUCGCAGCUAGAUAGAGAAAUCCUUAAUAUCACCAUUGAAAAUCUUCAAACUAAAAUAGAAUGGAGAAGGGAGCAAUGUAGAAUAAUAGAAAAUGAUAUAGAAGAAUACCAAAAUGUCUGCAAUGAAGAGUAUGAAGAUAAAAUAAACUCCGUCAAUCUUUUGGAGAAAGCAAUUCAAGAUGGGAUGGAAAGUUACCGAAACAUUAAAGCAGCCAUUCCUCAAGCGAACAUUGCACGAUUAAAAGCUGAGGAAGACAAAUCUUAUGAUUUAGCGACGGGUCUCGUAAAACUGAGGAACGAAACCAAAUCCUUUGAUGCACAACUGCAAGUACUGAGAAACAAUUUGGUUGAGUUAGAGGCGUACAAUGUCGAAAGUAUUGAUGAAAAGAUAUCAGAAACAGAAGAGAAAGUAUCUGUAGCUAGCAAAAGAGAUAUUCUUCAAGGAUUAGCUCUAGAUAGCAGUUUGAAGACAAUUCUCCAGAAAGAAAUGGAACAUAGUUUUAAAAAGAAAAUAGCAGCAUAUCAAGAUGAAUUAAGUUCAAACGUUAAUUCCAAUCUUCUACGGAUUGCAGAAGAAACAAGAUGGUGGGAAAAUUCUGGAUACAUUUUGCUGAACAAUAGGAAAAGUUUAGAACAAAGCAACGCAUUGAAGAUGGCUGUCUUAAAAAAAUUGAAGCAAGACAUAAAAUUUCACAGUGAAAACUGCUUGCAUCAUUCACUUUUAUUACAUGAUCGGAAAAAGAAACUUGAAUCAAUGAAAACACAUAUUCUACAGCUUCGAAAAACUCAGCAAGAGAAAAUUGAGUUAAAUAAGAAAUCGAUCUACCUGGAUUUUUUGAUUAAAGAAUAUGAAAAGGAAUUUGAUAGUAAACGCCAAGAUUUAAAAGAAAUUACUGUGAGUGAAGAAGAUAGUGAGGUUUUCAUCAAAACACUUGAACUGAAGCUUUCUGGAGAAAAUAAUUUUGGACGUUUACUCUCUGAAAUAAUAAAAGAUGCUUUGAAGCUAAUCGAAGAAGAAGUAAAACAUUCCAUUCUGAAAACUUACGGGGAAUUCACAAAAACAAAGGACAUAUUGUCAGAGCUUGACACGCUGUUGAGGGAAGCUACAAAGUUUAUUUACGAAUGUCAAUCGAACUUAGCUUUUUAGUGGUAGUAGUGUUUUGAAGGCAAAUAAAUAAAUUAAAAUAAAAAAUAACUCAAUAAAACUCGAUCACAAUCAGUUUAAUAAUGAAACAUGAAUAAUUGUAAGCAAUUUGCUUAACAUAAAUAUUUCCGUACACAAAAGUAUCAUGGUUUGUUAUAAAAAUCCGAAUUGUGAAUGUUUCACUGCAAGGCCAUAUUUUAUCUCACAAAACUCACAUGUUUAUACUA